UGGAGGGUGGAGGGGCCCCGAUGAGGUGUGGAGGGAGGGAGGGAGGGCCACACUUUCCAGCCAGGCCCUCGGCAACCAGCGCCUCGCUGCUCUCUGCCACCAAGGACACACCUGAGGCUCCUGCCAUGGACAGGUGGUACCUGGGUGGCAGCCCCAAGGGGGAAGUGGACCCAUUCUACUAUGACUAUGAGACUGUCCGCAAUGGGGGCCUCAUCUUUGCUGCCCUGGCCUUCGUCGUGGGGCUCAUUAUCAUCCUCAGCAAAAGAUUCCGCUGUGGGGGCAAAAAGAAGCACCGGCAAGUCAAUGGUGACGAUCUGUAAUGACGGAGUCAGCUGUGUUCCUGCUGCAGGGGGGACCUUGGGAAGCCUUCCCUGAGCUGUAGACCUUUGUCCCCAGCACUGCCAGGCCCUCAGGC